GUGCCAUCUGGAACUGGGGUACCACUGAGCCCACCUGACCCACCAGCAUCGGUUCCCUUUACCCUGUACUGCUGUGACCAGCCUGCCAAGCCCUCUCCCAGGCUCCAGUCUGCACCUUCACCAGCACACACAGAGGCACAGGAUGACGCCAGGCAGCAGCUUCGAGAGUUUGAAGAAACUAAGAAACAGAUUGAAGAAGAUGAAGAUCGGGAAAUCCAGGAAAUCAAAAUCAAGUAUGAGAGACGACUUCGGGAAGAGAGAGAAUCAAACCUGCGGCUGAAAGGAGAGACAGGAAUCAUGAGGAAAAAGUUCAAUAGCCUACAGAAGGAGAUUGAAGAGCGCAGCAAUGACAUUGAGACAAUGAGAAUGGAACAGCAGAAGCUGCAAGGUGUCAUUAAGUCAUUAGAGAAGGAUAUUCUGGGACUGAAGAGAGAGAUUCAAGAAAGAGAUGAGACUAUCCAAGACAAGGAGAAGCGGAUUUAUGACCUAAAAAAGAAAAACCAGGAGCUGGAAAAGUUCAAGUUUGUACUGGAUUAUAAAAUAAAGGAGCUGAAGAAGCAAAUAGAACCCCGUGAGAAUGAUAUCAAAGCAAUGAAGGAGCAGAUCCAGGAGGUGAGCAGUGCACUCUUCUGA